AUGCGUGCUAAAUUCACUUGGUUUGUAAAGAAUGAUGACUCCCAAGCAGCUGCUUUCCUGAGAGGACGGUUUUUGGCAGCUUCUGGUGCUCCAAAAAAAACAUAUGUAUGCUCCUCUAUUUGGGUAGAGAUUAGGAAAGUGUGGGAUUUUGUUGAAGCUGAUGAGAGAUGGGUGGUUGGAGAUGGAUCAGAUAUAUUCUUCUGGUCAGAUAGGUGGCUGUCAGAGACCAAUAUUAGAGAGGGUAUUUCUAUUCCAGCUGGGUAUUGUCUUGAGGCUACAGUUGCGGAUUUUACAUGUGAUGGGAAAUGGGAUCUUCCUCAUGUCGAAUCGCCAUAG